AUGUUCGCCAAACUUCCACAAACCCUAACGGCACCAUUUGGAUUAUUGACCGACGAGGCGAAGCUAGCGUUUCGCAGUCGCCCUCAGGGAAUUUCUAAGCUGUAUACAACGAGGCAUAUAGCCGAAACUGACAGCUACUGGGACCAGUACUUUGCCCUCUUUGACACGCCCUCUGAUGUCUUUUCCCUCAUAUCAACUCAUGACAUUCGUAGAGCUCUCCUUGACUCGCCAGAAAAUGUAGCGACUCUCAUCAGAGUUGUGACGUCUCGUCUGUUCAAUCUCGUGUCUGACCACACCUUCCCAUCCGCACCACCAGCAUCUAUGGCGUCAUAUGCCACUUCCUUCAUGAAGACCUCGAGCACAGAGCGUAACGCAACGAAGGAGGUCCUUAACAGUCUGCGAGUCCUGCAAAGGGUGCUGCCUGUUGUGUUUGAGGUUGAGGGAGAGUCUAACGCAUUUGAGCUCGAGGUGUUGUGGAAGAAGGUUGAAGUCGACGACGAAAUUGUACCCACUGCUCCGGAACAGGCACCUCAGUUCGUCAUUGAAGAUGAUGAUGACGGGAGUGAGAGUGGUCAUGACUCCGACACGCAAUCACAGACUCCUCAACCAAAACGGACGAAAACCUUGCCUUCGCUAGGAGAAAAGUUAUUUACUUGCGUCAACGAUCUCCUGUUUUGUUGCGGUUUCAGUCUCCCAACGAAGAUACAAGUGGAUCAUUACAAAAUCAAUUAUGUUAUAUGGGAGAAGGGUAUAGGCUCGACGACUGACCCUGGACCAAAUCAUGCAUAUGACUCCAAUAAAACUGAGGUUUUACGGCUUCUCCUGGUCCUUUUAUCACGUCAGAUAUACAUUCCGCCUGCCGCUCUCUUCACGCAUCCUUCAUUUUACACUCUGCAUGUGGUUCGAAAAACUCCCCGACGCGACGUCUUGACAUUACUUUGCUCCUUGCUAAACACCGUGAUAAACUCCGCCACGACCAACAACAUGACCAUUGCCAGUGUAGCCGGAAAGGUCCCUUACAAUCACCUAGUUUUCAAGGGCGAGGAUUCCAGGACAGCACUUGUAGGCAUGUGCCUGCAAGUUUUGUGUGUUGUAUUGGAUUUCCAGAGUGGUCCGGCCAGAGACAUCGUUUCAGAUUCUGGGGACGCCGCUACUUCAUCAUCCCCGACUACACAAACAAAUGCCUUCCGUUAUUUUUUGGCGAAAUUGGAUUUCGCUUUUAUCUUGAGCGGCAUCAUUGCCAUUCUAGAGCAGCAGCUAGCUAUAUCAAACAAUCUACUCCCUGGAUCCAGGAAGUCGGUUCCUUAUGUGCCUGAGACUAUCGUUUUGUUCUGGAAGGUCAUCGAGCUCAACAAGAAAUUCCGUGCUUACCUGCUGGACUCAGAUAAGGCAGUUGAUGUCCUUGCAUAUCUUCUGUGCUAUUCACUCGAGAUCAAAGAUAAGCCACAGCAACACGGACUUUGCAGAGCGCUCUCAUACAUCAUUCAGACGCUAUCGGCUGAGUCCGCGUUCGGCAAUAAGCUCUCGUCACCAAUAAAUAUACAGAUACCGACAAAAUGGAUAUCUCAGGGGGCAUCGCAUGGGACCGCUGGAGAUUUCAUGAUUACUUCAAUAUACUCCAUCAUUGCAACUACUUCAGGCUCCCUCAAUUCCAUAUACCCGGCACUUAUCAUCGCGCUCGCGAAUGCGGCUCCAUAUUUUAAAAACCUGUCUGUUGUUGCAUCUAAUCGUCUGCUUCAGCUCUUCACUUCGUUCUCGAACCCUCUAUUCCUUCUAUCCGACGAGAGCCACCCAAGACUUCUAUUUCUUAUGCUCGAGGUCUUCAACUCGGUAAUAUUCCAUCACCUUUCCGAUAACCCCAAUCUUCUGUAUGCAGUCAUCACCGCACAAAAAACUUUCGAAGAACUAGGGACAUUCACUCUUGCCCGCGGACUUCGAGAGAUCCAGCGUGUACAGCGGAUCAAGGAAGAGCAAGCAAGCAAGGCGGAACGCGACCGAAAGGACGGCCCACAGCAGGAGCGCGCGUCUGUGGAGAGUGCACACCAGGAGAAAUUACGCCUUCUCAAGAACGAGAGCGACCCUGCCUUCACCAUUGCUUUGGAUAUCGAGUCUACUUCGUUUUCUGGUGAGGACCUUGAAGCUGGUCGGGGUGGGCAUGAACAAACAGAGACCCGCCCGCUCACGUCUUCACCUUCGGAGAAUAGCCCAACAACAAGUACCGGGACUAUAACAGCUGCGUCAGAAAAGGCGAGAGGCAAGAUGAAGGCUCGGCGGUCGAUGUCGUUGGACACAAUUAAUGGAGAUCGCAUGGCUGCGGCUGGCGUUGGUAGGAAUGGGUUUUUACCCACCCAAGAAUGGGUUACGUCUUGGCAACAAGGGCUACCCUUGGAUACUGUGAUGCUGGUCAUAUCAGAGCUCCUGCCAAAGAUUCAGAAUCUGCAAGCUGGCAGACAGAAGGCCAACUCAGCCGGCGCUAUCACUGAUUUCUUGCAAAGCGUGACAUUGACUGAUGUUCUGCCUCCUGCACCAGCGUUAUAUCCCAGACGAUUUGUGUGGUCGGAUGCAUCAAUUGUCUGGUUGACGUCGCUCAUAUGGGGAGGUGUUUAUUACGACUCUUUUUUUGUGAAGCACACGCAAACACAACAGCGGCAAAUCACGGACACGAUGUCAAGCGUCGUUGGAGGGCUGUUCUCACCCACCAGACAAAGACCCGAGCGUUCGUCCAAUCAGUGA